AGCGAGAUGACGUCUUCGUUAACUCCCGGUAUAAACACGGGCGGUCCGGUGUUCUCCUAUUAUCAGCCUCAGCGAUUUUAAUUCGUACAGAAAGAAGUUCGUGAGUCCGGACGGAAUUACCAGACUGAAACCGAACCGGUUCUGUUGGUCCUUUGCGCAGUUCCUUCCAGAUAGGUGCAGUUUUACCAGAAACUGCGCAGUUCGGGAGCAGGGCGGGAGUCCCGCCGCAUUAACGGGACCGAUAGACGGUCCCGCUGGUCGUCCGGAACUCGGACCCGCUCGGUUCGGUCUUAACGGGCUCUCUCUGGGAACGCAGGCGCCAUGGAGUCUUGGUGGAGCCGUUCCCGGAGCUCCGACACCGGGAGGUAACCGGAGCGGGACAGCAGAGCCUCGCACGGCGGACCGCGGCAACCUGUUGCCGGUUUCCGGGGACACAGAGAGGAUGAGCGGCGCCGCCGGACCGCCGCUGCCGCUGCCGCUGCUGCUGCUGCUGCUGGGCGGCCGUGCGGCGUUCAUGGGCUGCCGGUCCCUGAACGCACCGCAGGACGGAGCGGUUCUGUCUGCGGAGAUCCAGAUGGACGCUGCUCUGACCGGUGUGGACAGACAGAGACGUCCCUUCCUGGAGAAAACUCGUCCCUUCGUCCUGGUGGACGGACAGAGGAGGAGUCUGGCUGAAGCUGUGCAGGACGGCCAUCCCGACAGGCUGCUGUGCGAGCUGGAGGUGGGAGGACAGCGCCUCCUGCUGGACCUGGAGAAGAACCACAACCUGCUGCCCAGACCGCCCAACAUCUUCUUCUACCUCCCCAACGGAACCGGAGUGUCUUUGCCGGCCGAGCCUGUGACUCACUGCUAUUACCACGGCAACAUCCGGGGAUUUCCGCGGUCCAGAGCGGCUCUGAGCACCUGCUCCGGACUCCGCGGUGUAAUCGUCCUCAAUUCCUCCGUGACCUUGGAGCUGCAGCCAGAGGUCAGGGAGCGGCUGGAGGAGCAGGGAGGAGGAGCAGAGGAGGAAGACGUUCACUUGCUGUUCUCUGCCGGUCCUCUGGAGGGCGCCACGGCGAACUGCGCCGUGCCGCACACGCCCAGUUCUCCGUCCUCCACCCGCAGCGUGGGCCGGCGGACCAAGAGAGACAUCCUGUCUGAGACCAAACACGUGGAGCUGGUGCUGGUGGCGGACCAUCAGGAGUUUCUGAACUACCAGAGGAACAACCAGACCAUCGUGUACCGGCUGCUGGACGUGGCCAACCAGGUGGACUGGUUCUACCGGCCGCUGAAGGUCCGGGUGGCGCUGACGGGCCUGGAGGUCUGGAGCGACCGCGAUAAGAUCCGGGUGCAGAGGAGCCCCACCGACACGCUCAACAACUUCCUGGAGUGGAGGAGCAGAGAGCUGCUGCCACGCCUUCGCCAUGACAACGCCCAGCUCAUCAUGGGCGAGUCGUUUGACGGUACCACUGUGGGAAUGGCGUCCCAGUCCUCCAUGUGCUCCAGGGACCGAUCCGGAGGCGUCAACGUGGACCACCUGGUCAGCGUUCUGGGCGUGGCCUCCACCGUCGCCCACGAGCUCGGACACAACCUGGGCAUGAGGCACGACACGGCCGAGCGCCGCUGCUCCUGCGACAACGAGCCGCGCCUGGGAGGAUGCAAUGAGCCGUCCACCGGCUUCAUGCCAGGUCAGCAGUUCAGCAGCUGCAGCGCCGCAGAUCUCUCCGUCAGCCUGCUGCACGGCGGCGGCAUGUGUCUGUUCAACGUGCCGCAGCCGGGGCUGCUGGGCGGGCCGCGCUGCGGGAACCUGUACGUGGAGAAAGGAGAGGAGUGUGACUGCGGCCUGCUGGAGGAGUGUGAUGACCCGUGCUGUAACGCCUCCACCUGCCAGCUGGUUCCUGGAGCUCAGUGCUCCUCAGAUGGUAUCUGCUGUGAGGAUUGUAAGAUGCGCGCGGCGGGCUCCAUGUGCCGUGAGCCGCUGGGAGAGUGCGACCUACCUGAGUACUGCACAGGCUCCUCCCCUCACUGCCCCCAUGUGUUCCUGCAGAACGGAGAGGCCUGCCGGAACGGCGCCUCCUACUGCUACGGAGGAGUCUGCGCCGAUAUGGAUUCCCAGUGCCAGAUGCUGUGGGGGAACAAUGCCAGCAGCGCUCCAGCCGUUUGCUUCUCAUCCGUCAACAAACAGGGAAAUAAAUAUGGAAACUGCGGCCAGCUGGCCAACGGCUCUUACAUCGCCUGUUCCAACCCAGACGUUCUGUGCGGCAGGAUCCAGUGUCAGGGCGGGACGGAGCGCCCCCUGCUGGGCAGCAUCGCCCAGAUCCUGACCGUCCGCUUCAACCACAGCGACCUGGUCUGCAGAGGGACAUUCUUCCACCUGGACGACGACGUGUCCGACCCGGCCACCGUGGCCCAGGGCACCGCCUGCGGGCCCGGCAAGGCGUGUUUGAAUCAGAAAUGUGAGGAUGCGUCCGUGUUUGGCGUGGAAGAAUGUCGCAGGAAGUGCAGCGGUCAUGGAGUGUGUAACAGCAACAGGAAGUGCCACUGCGACGCCGGCUGGGCUCCUCCUGACUGCCGGUUCUCUGGACGCGGCGGCAGCGUCGACAGCGGCCCGGCCGCCGCCGCCGCAGAGUCCGAUCCGGUCCAGGUCGCCCUGCUCCUCAUCUUCUUCUUCAUCCUGCCCGUGGUGCUCCUCUUCCUCGCUCUGCGCUUCCCCCGUUUCCGCCGGACGCUCUGCUGCCUCGGACCCAACAGCCCGUUCCACAAGGCCCGGCAGCACAACCGGGCGACGGAGCGAGUAGACGGUCGCCACGGAGAGCAGGUCCGACCGCUGCGAUACCACCUGAACCCGCGGUCCGACGGGCCGGCGCCGCCUCGCCAACAGGUUCAUGACAGGCCUGCUCCUCCCACUAAGCCCCUCCCCCCUGACCCCGCCCUAACUCCCCCGCAGCAGCUGGUUGAAGCGCGACCAGCUGCCCCCACCAAGCCUCUGCCCCCUGACCCUGUCGCCCCCGGCAACCAGCCGCCGGCGAGCCGACCUGCCCCGCCCAACAAGCCCCUCCCCCCUGACCCACCUGCACAGGUUUCUGUUCCACUCAAGCCCAUCGCACCCAAGAAGCCCCGCCCACUGGCUCCGCCCACUCAGCCUUUCCACCCAUCAGAGAGCGGCUACGCCUCCAGCACCAAGGCGGAGGGGCAGGGCGCCGUGGCGCCUGCAGCCGGUCCUCACAGACGACCUCCGAGUCGGCCGGCGGUUCCACCAAAGUUCGAGUCGUCGCCUCCGCUUUAACCCCGGAGACGCCGAGCUGCUGCUGGACGGAGCGGCCGAAGGUGACGAUGAAGGUGAUGAUGAAGAUGACUUCCUGUCGUCGGAUCCGCUCCCGCAGGAUCUCCGGCCGGAAACCGACCACCUCAGUGCCUUGCUCAGCAGCGUCACACAAACAUUCAGGAUCCAAACCUGCUGCUGGUGGCCUUAUAGCGCCCCCUGCUGGCACCACGGGAUUCUGUGCCUUGCUCAUGGACACACUGGACAGAACUCAAAGCUGGGGUCAAAGUUCAGACAGUAGAGUUGGAGGAUCAACGCAGUGUCUGAUUGGACGGAGGAGGAACCAAUGAGAUUCUUUAUAUUUCCAUGAACUCCCAAAGACUUCGGAUUAAACCCGGAGAGAAACGAAUCUGAAGAUGUUUUCAGUCCAACGGUCACAAAUAUUUCAAGUUUUAUACAAAAUGUCCUGAUGUGACAAAAAUCAAUGCAGUCGAUUCGUUUAGGAAUAAAAUAUCCAACAUCA